AACAACACGGUGAAAAUGUCGAUUAUUCCGCGAUUCUACGAUUUCGAGAGACCAUUCCGAAUGAUGGAGCGCAACUUAUACCGCCCGGACGACUUUUUCAACUUCAAUACGAUGGUACCAAGUAAUUUCUUUGCUCCAGAAUUCUUCAGACCCUGGGACAACGUAUUCAGACAAUGGGAAAACAGCUUCCAACCUAUGGAGCAGCUGCAAGCUGCAAUGAAUAGAAUGGCGUUAAACGACGUUGGUCAGAAUAUCACUAUGGAUAACGAGAAGUUCCAAGUAAACGUAGACGUGCAGCAUUUUGCUCCGGAAGAAAUCAACGUUAAGGUCGUCGACGGCCAAGUCACAAUCGAAGGCAAACACGAAGAGAAAAUGGACGAACAUGGAUAUAUAUCCCGGCAAUUUGUGAGAAAAUACGCGUUGCCUCAGGGGUGCCUGCCCGACACAGUUGAAUCAAAGUUGUCAUCAGACGGUGUGCUCACAAUUACUGCUCCAAAAGUUCUACCUCUACCUUCAACCGGUGAAAAGAUUGUGCCAAUAACUCAUACUGGGCCCGUCAAAAAGCAACUCACUUCACCCAGUUAUGAGAAAACCAACUAAAAUAAUAUUUUUAGUGCCGGUGAAGACAUUUUUCUUUCAAAGACUGAAUUUAAGUUGAAUUUGUGCUUUAUUUUUUUGCUAGUCUUAUAAGUUUCUUGUAAAUAUAUAAUAAUCAAAAUUCAA